UCUUCUAGGAAGGAGGGUUGCAAACUGUUUUAAGUCACUUCCUGCUUUUCAUCGCUCCCUUUCCCCCCCCCAAACCUCCUAAGCAGCCCCACUGUGGGGGGGAAUCCCAAUGUGGGGUGUCCAUGGCUGGGCAGGAUCUGGAUAAGGCCCUCUGGCAAGCUGGGAUCACCCAGUUUUGCCUUUCUGGUGAUUGUGUCAUACUGUAGUUGGGCAGAACAACAGUCUGUUGACUUUUGUGGGGCUACAACGUAGCGUGCGACCUCCUCUCCCCCCCCCAACAUACAGGCUGUCUUUGCCCUGGAAAAAAAAAAGAGAGGAUGAGGGCAGACCAAGGGGAUCCAUUGGCCAUGGGCCUGCAGUUGGAGGCUACACUAGAGCAUGAAGUGAAGACUGAAGAAGAGCAUGAUGUGGUCGGCCGUGAAGCAGCAGGAAUGGGCCCUCCUCCCACCCAGGCCGGAAGUAGCAGAGGAUGCUGGGAAAGAAAUGGAGCCACAGUUGCCCUGAGUGAGGAGGAUAUCAUCUGCUUAGAUGGGCCGCAGCAUCGGAUGCUGAAUUUGGCUUGGCCCCCAAAGGACCAGUCCCUGACCAAAGAAAUGCAGAACUUGGUGAAGGAAAGCAGCAUGGAGUCCUGCGCUCCAGCCACCGACCUGGCCAAAGAUUUCCUACCGGAGAAGCCAGAAGAAGAGGAUCAGGCACCAUUUGUGGGUGUGGCUGUUGAUUUCCCCGAGGCAAGAGCUCCAUCAUACACUUGGCUGAGGCCGCUGUUCAGGGCGAUUGAGCAAGACAGCGACACAGACUCCGCUGAUAGAGGAACAAAUCCUGAGACAGAUUGUGGGUCAUCUCCAUUUUGUGCUGAAGCAGAAACAGCUGCUAUGAAUUUAGAUCAGGAGUCUGUGACCUUUGAGGAAGUGGCUGUGCGUUUCACCGAGGGGGAGUGGGGCCUGCUGGACCCAGGCCAGAGAGCUCUCUACAGGGAGGUCAUGGUGGAGAAUUACGGGAAUGUAGCCUCUCUGGAAGGACCUCCAGUUCCAAAACCCGAUCUCAUCUCUUGGUUGGAAGAAAAGGAAGAGAUACUUGACCAGAGCUCUGAAGGAGAGAGUGCAACAGCAGGUGACGCCUGGGCAAGCGAAUGCAACGGGGGACCGGUUGAGAUGGCGCCGAAAGGCAGCGAGGGCGAAGAGGCGGAGGAGAAUGUUGGGAGUCAAAAAGGAGCAAAGAUGCAGGAGGGAAACCAGCUGACAGAGACAUGGCAGGUGGAACUGGCAGAUAUCAGCACAGAGCACUCUCAAGAGGAAGGCCUUGUGUCAGGAGAGUCACUCGAGGCUCAACCAGGAGGAUCCCAAGAUAGUAUUUCUUUUAUGACUGAGGUGGCAGAGAGUGAUGGCUGGGAGAGCGAGAGUGAAUGGGAACCAUAUGAAGUAUUAUCGGAAGAUACAGAGGACGAAGAUAAUUUUGGAAAUCAAGAAGGACUAGAGAGAAAUGGGGAAGACCAAACAGGAGACUGGCGAAAUAAACCCAAUUGCCAGGGCAGCGACUUCAGUGGAAUGCCAGCUCCACAAAAAGUAUACAAAGGGAAGAGGAAGAACCAGUGCAAGGUUUGUGGAAAGAGCUUCACUCGUAAAGCGAGCCUUAAAGUACAUCAAAGAAUCCACACGGGGGAGAAGCCCUACAAGUGCACAGUCUGUAGCAAAGGAUUUUGUGAUAAAACCAGCUUUCUUAGACAUCAGAGAAUCCACACAGGAGAGAAACCAUACAAAUGCCCAGAGUGUGGGAAGAGCUUUAACCGGACCACAAAUCUUAUUACACAUCAAAAAACCCAUGUAGAAACCAGAGAGAAAACCUUUCACUGCUCAAGCUGUAGCAAGAGCUUUUACAACAAGUAUAGUCUUAAGACACACUGGCGAAGCCACACUGGCGAAAAACCGUAUAAAUGCUCCAGCUGUAGCAAGAGCUUCUGUGAUAAAUCAAAUCUUGAGGCUCAUUGGCGAGUGCACACAGGGGAGAGGCCGUUUGAAUGCACUGAAUGUGGAAAGAGCUUCAGUGAUCGCAGGACCCUCCUUAGACAUCAGAGAAUCCAUACCGGGGAAAAGCCAUAUAAAUGCACGGAAUGUGGGAAGAGUUUCAAUGAUCUCGCCACGCUGCUCAGACACCAAAAAAUCCACACAGGUGAAAAGCCGUAUAGAUGCACCGAGUGUGGGAAAAGCUUUAACCAGAGCUCACAUCUCAUCAGGCAUCAGAACACACAUGACACACAACGCCGCAAAAGCAGUUCACGGAAGGCAAAAGCUGCGGUUGGAACCAACAUCUUUUUGGACAUCACACAAAGUUUCACACCAGAGAGCAUUAGCUUCACGCAAGAGAACUAUUAUGGAUACACACACCCGGCAGAAACCUUUCAUUGGCCACUUACAUCUUACACAUCCUCCACAAAUGCAGGAGAAGGAGGCAUGCCAAACUUGUGGACUAUCGAGGAGACUUCUGUCGGAGAUCAAGCCAUCCUAGUUAUGAAAGAAUUAACUGAGGACAGGACCUUAACGCUGUGAAUGCUCAGGGCAUGGAAGAAGUUUCAUCUGGGCCUACACCCAUCAGGAAGUAUCAUCCAGUCAUGCAAGGAAGCCAUACCGAUCUUUUAUACUGUCUUAAAAAUGAGCAUGUUUCCAAGAGUAGAUGUACUGAAUCAAAUUGGAUGGCAGGGACUGGCAACAGCUUCAUCUGGAAGAAAGCAAGGAUCUCUAGAAAGGGCGAUGUUAGCUCUACUUAUGCAGGGAAGAGCUCUUGUACUUCACAACUCCACCCACUUCCUACUUCACUCACAGCAGAUAUCUAUAAUUAGUGAAGAGAGAACGGAUUCUCAAAGAUUACAUUUUAGGAUGUAUGCCUUGGGAAAGAGAAAGAGACAGAUCAUUCAGCAUGGUGUUUUGGAUGCCCUUCGAUUAUAGGUUCAGACCCAGGUGUUGUUUUCCUCUUUAAAAUAAGUCAUCAGUCUCUACUCCUGGACUAGAUGGAAGCAUAAUAAUUUAAUGAGAUUCAGCAACUUAAUGAGCAGCACAGAAAUUCUGGCUCUGGAAGAACAAAUUACAAUCAGGGUCGUCUAAAAACACCUUUGCCUUCCCCCAUCUUUCAAACUUGUUCAUUAUUUAACUUGGUGGGGGAAGUAAAAUUGGACACUGACCUUUCUGUGACUUGCUCUGACCAACAUCAAAUUUUAAAGGGGAUGUUUUAAAAGGGGUUAGUUGUCUCUUGGUAUUGGUUAGAUGAAAAUGUAGGCUCACCUUUUGUCAGCUGAUUAUAUAGCUCUGCCAUAGCAAAGAUCUAAAGGUGGAAGGAAGGGGAUAAUCAGAAAAGCAUGUCAUUUCCCACACUUCUAACAUGCUUAAAAAAGAAAUUCUUUUCAAAGUGGCAUUUCAGUGGAGGGCAUGCAGAAACACGCAGGUUAGAGUCACACACCAUGUUGGAGAUUCACACAGUGUUGGGUUGCAAGAGAGUUCAGCCUGUUUGGGGUUUUGUUUUGUUGAUUGAAGGCAAUUGCAAUGAUAAAAUCACAAAAGCAACUGGACAUCCAGCUCUUUUAAAUGUUGAGUUACAAAUGAUAUAAUCUCUGGAAUUUCAAGCAUGCAAUGGAAGUGCUCAGAUGGGGUAAUGAUGGUUAAUGCGUUCCUCUGAAAUCUGGAAACACCAACAUCUCUCAUUCUGAGAAUGUGUUCCUAUCGAUUCAGUUUCGGAUAAAGAUAGCCUCUGAAAAUGGCCCGCCAAAAUCGUGAGCCAUGGUGCAAUUCGGGGCUGUAAAACCUGUGGCCCUCCAGAUGUUGGUACACUACAUCUUAAUUGCAUUUCCUAUAUGUACUCGCAUGUUUGAUGUUUCUUAAAAAAAAAUAUCUGCCACCAUUCAACGCAAGGGUUCAGCAUGCUACAGCCCAUUUAUUUCCAUAAGUCUCUGUGUGCUUUAAAUGUAAGCCUCAAAAAUCAUAAUUUUUAAAAGGAGAUUUUUUAGGCUGCAACCCUAUGCAAAAUGACAAGGGUUUAAAUCCUCUUGAAAUCAGAAGGCCUUACUUCCAAGUAAACAUAUUUUAAGACUGCACUUAGAUCAGCCCUGUAUUUUAACAACUCGCUUGGUCACCACAGGAGUGGAAAUUCCAUGCAGGAUAUUCCAUGAGUAGAUUGGUGGAAGGGCUGCUCACUCCAUUCCUCCUCUGGUAGCCUUGUAGGGUCCAUGCUACCCAUAAGGAAAAGAAAGUCCUCUUCUUGACGGCACAGAAAUGCAGCAUGCUGAUGGAAAAGGGUGGACAGAUCAUCCUUUUCCCUCAUCCACCAGUCCACUUGGUAGAAUGAAGGGUGUUUUUUUAAACAGCUCACUAAGAGGCUGGUAGCCUGAGUUUUCGUGUGGGCCAUGGACAAGAGGGCCUGCAGGCAAGUAUCUUUUGUGAGCUUAUUUACAGGAUGACAUAGACUCUUGGCUUGGUCAGAGGUCAAACAAAAGAAGAUGGAAAUAUCCAUAAUUCAGGGAGCAAAGGUUCCUUAGUGGAAGCAAAACAGUCGCUCCUCCACAGAAGUCCGUUGCUCAAAGAAAUGUAACAAAGGAGGGAAAUUUCUUUUCUUUUUGUGAAUGGGUUACUGCAGAGCAGGAAUCCAAAAUUCUUCCAAAUGAUACAGCGAAAUUCCAACAAAAAAGCGAAGUCUAAAAAGACUUCAGUUCAAAGCUGGUGCUCUGGCUCUCAAUCAGUGAGCAAUUGUGGCUGGUUGGCGUGGCUUUAAAAAAAGGAAAAAGACUAUGGGCUAUUUGCGACUAUAUCAAAUAUAUGGGACGGGGGAUACAGCUCAGUUUCACUUCGGUUGGGGCACAAACACUUUGCGUACUCUAAGGCUGCGAUCGUAAACAUGCUUCUUAGGGGGUGAGUGCCACUGAACACAAUGGGACUUCUGAACAAACAUGAUUCUGUUGUAAUUGUAAUGUAGGGUAGAGACCAACAAUAAUAGUUGGGAAUGGGGUGUAGUUGGGUGCAUGGGAUGAUUUGUGAACAGCAUGGAGGGGCAGGUGAGCACACUUAAGGGCCUGGGUGGAGUAUAUUGCCUUCCACGAAUGCAUUGUGAGUUAGGCUAAGUUUUUGAAUACUGAGAUAUUAAAUUUAUAAAAAUGGUAAAACAAAAGCAUCCUGUAAUUUUUCAAAAUUGCUAUAAUGCAUAGUGUUUCUAAAAGCUUUGUAACUGUACCUCAUCUACAGGAAUUAUUAAGGUUAAAGCAGGGCGUAACCUAAAAAUCAGUUUAUUAAUAAUAAGUCUGCCCCAGUAAAUGCGGACAUUUACCAGUUAAUGACGGAGAAAGAGGGUGUGGGUUUUUUCCCCAGGUACAUGUUAUUCUUGAGAUGUAAUUGGAAUGCCAUUGGAAAUGUUACAUUUUUGUAAGGUCAUUCUCACUUACUGCUGGCACCUAGUUGCUCUUGAGACUUACUGAACAGUGUUAGAAAGGGUUGUUUUUGUUUUGGACUAUGCCGCCCUGGGCUCCUGCUGGGAGGAAGGGCGGGAUAUAAAUAAAAUAAGAAAUAAAUAAAUAAAUAAUUUGUGCCAUGAUACCAGUUUUGGAAACUGACAACCAAAUAAGUGCUAAAAGUUAUUCUUUACCUGCAAAACAUAGAAGCGAGAAAGAAAUAUGAUCAUUUACCAAUCUUGUUGGGCUCAAGAUUUACUGAUAAAUGUCAGAAUUUUCUCAGAUUGCUAUUAGAUCCCUCCCUGGUCUCUUGUGACCUUACCAUUGUCACAAAAGUCAACAUUUAUCAAGGUUUCCAAAUUGUAUCAUAUGCAUUUUAAAAUAUUUUAACCUAGAUUUUCUUAUUAUUAUCCUACUUCAUUCACAUUAUUGCUGUUUGUAUUAUGUCGAAAUCUUCUCAUUUGGUUUUUUAAAUAGUUUUUGCUGUAAAAUACUGCAGUCGGAAUACCUUACGAGUUAUCAUAACAUUAAUAUGAAAGGUGGGGAAAUAAGGAAAACUCACCACGAUCCCUAAGAGGACCUGGGCUGGGGAAGAACUUCACCUGGGCUCCAUUCUGAAAAAGCAACAUUUCCAAGGAAACUGAAUUUGCACAUGUAAAGGCCUUGGGCUGUGGCUUUGUUAAUUAUGUGUAAAUUCAUGUUUGAGAUCAUUUGAUCAGGGUCUCUCUGCAUAUUCACUAUCGCAAACAAAUGGUGGCUUCUCCAAAUUAACCCUUCUAUUUUGCCAUACUGUGUAGAGAAUUGUGUACGUGUGUGGUUUUGGGCUUUUUUAAAUAGCUGGAUGUUGUAGGUGGCUGCUUUUAUUAUGCAUGGUUGCUUUAAGAAUAUUUUAGUGUAUUGGCAAAAUGUUCUGCAAAUAAAGAAUAAU